ACCUCUGGUGGAGAAAGUAUUGGGAGUCCACGCUGAAGGGGAGAGAAGUUGAGAUUUUGUGCAAAGAACUGCUUUGCUCCUGCAGAGGACAGUACCUCGGGAAAAACAGCACACAUAUUUUAAAUUGAUCAUUUUAACUCUUUUUGCACGGUGCAUAGCUCAAAGCCUGCAAUUAAUGUUUUUUUUUCUUUUCUUUUCUUUUUUCUCUCUUUUUUUUUUUUUAAAUAGAAACACUCUUGGAUAAAGACUCUUGGCUUUAGCUUUAAAAAAUCGGAUUAUCUGACUGAGGCAUUGUGUUCAUUAGACCAGUCUACUUUUUCCCCUCCUCUUCGCAUUUGAGGUUUAUGCUAUAACUGAAGAGAACACCAACAAUGAUUGUGAGUUUUUGCCUCCUGGUGACAUUUAUCUUGAGGCUGUGCUUGGGCUCAUACGUGCCGUGCGAGCCUUGUGACCAGAAGGCGCUGUCUAUGUGCCCUCCGGUCCCGGUCGGAUGCCAGGUGGUUAAGGAGCCGGGCUGCGGCUGCUGCCUAACGUGCGCCCUGUCCGAGGGACAGGCGUGCGGCGUUUACACCGGGACGUGCACCCAGGGCCUCCGCUGCCUGCCCAGGAGCGGGGAGGAGAAACCCCUGCACGCCCUUCUCCACGGCAGGGGAGUGUGCACCAACGAGAAAGGAUACAAACCUGCUCACCCGCCCAUAGAUCGUGAGUCUCGGGAACAUGAGGACACCAUGACCACAGAGAUUACAGAGGAGUUGCAGCCAGCCAAAGUGCCACUCCUUCCUAUGGUGAACAGUAAAAAAGUCCAUGCGCUGCGCAAGGAGCAAAAGAGGAAGAUGGGCAAGCAGCGCUCCAUGGGCUCCACCAUGGACUACCCCCCUCUGCCUAUCGACAAGCAUGAGCCUGAAUUUGGUCCAUGCAGGAGAAAACUGGACGGGAUCAUUCAGGGGAUGAAGGACACUUCUCGUGUAAUGGCUCUGUCUUUGUACCUUCCCAACUGUGACAGAAAGGGCUUCUUCAAGCGCAAGCAGUGUAAGCCAUCUCGCGGCCGCAAACGGGGCAUCUGCUGGUGUGUGGACAAGUACGGCGUUCAGCUCCCCGGCACAGACUACAGCGGAGGGGACAUUCAGUGUAAAGACCUGGAGAGCAGCAACAACAACGAGUGAAAAGGGGAGGACCACCCUUGACCCAUAUCCCCCACCCCCCCGCCCCCUAACCACCAUGUGACCCAGGGCCCAUGCCUCCUCUCUGAAUCACACCUGUAUGCUCCGCCCUCCAUUCACUUCAAGAUUUGUUUGUUUUUUUUCAGUGGGAAAAAAAGGAAGAAAAAGAAAUCCAAAUGAAAGAACAGGGUGAAAAAAAAAACACCUGUAAUUUUUUUUUCUUUUCUUUUCUGUUGUUGACCAAGCACUCAUCUUGGAAUGAGGGGAAAAGUCCCAGAAGAUUUACUAGAUCCCUUGACUAUCGCUCAUGGGACCCCUUGUAUGAGCCGGGUCCCCUGAUUGCAGAUCCAUGAAAAUAUAUGCACACAAUGGAUAUAUUUUUUAUAGAAGCUGGGGGUUUCAAUACAACACUUUGUAUGAUGUAAAAUUAAGACAAAAUCAUUUUGAAGAAAAACAAACAAAGCAUCAGGCACACUGAUUGAUCAGUUUUAGGCUGUGGAACAUGAUGCUACUGUGGAACUGACGAUUGGCUGAUGAGUAAUUUGGUUUUUUUUGUCUGUUUUCCAAAAGAAAAAAAAAAAAGAAAUGAGAUAGAGAUGCUGUAACAGCUGACUCUGUCUGGGUAUGUGGUUCUGUCAGAGCACUUAUGAAUAGGGGAACCUGCUUAGAUAUGUGUAACUUCACAAAAUGAUGCAUGCAUGAAUGUGUGUAUGUAUGUUAUACAGUGCGAGUGUGUGGUAUGUAUCAGCCUGUGCUGGUGUAUGAUGGAGUGAGCCUAUUACAAAAAAAAAAAAAGAAUGUCCUAAUUUCGUUCUCUUUCGUUUGAUUUUUUUGUCACAAGUAUUGCUAGCGCUUGAAGUGGUCUUGGGGCUGGCCUUCUCUUUAUUGUAAAGUAUGUCUCGGGACACGGAGCAUUCAUAAACAAAAGAGUAAGCAGAUCGUCACAGAUGAACCGAUGUAAGUGGCUCUUCGACAAUGUAGCUAGCCUGAUAUGCCAACUGUGCCUAUUUUAACAGACAAUGCCAUGCAGGGCGACACAGAGCUUAGAGAGCGCUGACUCUACUGGUGAAAUAAAGAUCUUCAGCUUAAGUGACAGGACUCAAGUUUGACUUUUCAGUGCGUAAUCAAACUUGCCAGUCAGGCCGGUUGCUUCUCCGAUUCAGUUGUGUGAAGUGUAGUUUUGUAUGGUUUUGUUUGUGCUGUUUUCUUUGCCUUCAGUGAAGUAAAGAUCGCCCACUUUUGAGCCAUGUUCCUUUGAUCCAGUGGUUUCCCCUCAGUACUGCUACUACAGUGUAACCAUGGUGUAUUACAUUACUUUUAAAUAUAGUUAUUGAAUGUUGUUUUUCCUGUAGAAACAAAGUAAUUGUGCUUCGAAAAAAAAAACAUUUUUUUUUAGCCAGUAAAGAAUUUGAAUAGGUCCUUGUAGCCUGUUGGGAGAAUGACCCAGGGUCAUUUGACUACAGGGCAGUCAAAGAAGCUAACCCUCUGGAACCCUUCCGCUUACAUGCCUCCACGCAAAGGUUAUCUACCUACGUCUAAGGGGAGCAUGACGAAAACAAAAACGUUACAGGUUUUAACAGGGUCAUUUAAGUAGAGUUCUCUCUCUGUGUGCAAAUCACAGUGCCUUCCUACAUGCAAAUACAUUGAACAGUGACGUGAAAGUGACAUGGAUAUCAUACAGGGCAAUUCCCGUUUUUCAGACUGCCCCCCGCCAGGGCUGAUACUUGAUACGAGAGUAAAGAGGUCUAGGUUUGGUUCUGAUUAAGCGAAAAACAGUGAAUGUGGGAAGUCCUGUAAAUGGUGUCAGCAACACAUUGCAAAUCCAUUUGUGAUCUCUGCCUGUACCUCGGGGCAAUUCUGGACAAGAAUGAGGAGCGAGGAACCGCUGCGUAAUCGCAGUCGGUUAAACCGCCUUCUUUCUUUGACAACCUAUAAGCUAGGAUUCUUGCUUUUUCAUGUGAAUGCCAAUGUAUAUGAUUGCCAGAGAGGGGAAGCCAAAGGAAGUUUGGAGGUAAAUCAACCAUUUCCUUUGCUGCAACAAAAGGGAAAGGAUACGUGCAUCCUGAAUGGCUUCCGGUUGUGAAUAUAUUAUCAAGGCUCCUUGCCCCUCCUCCAGCACCAAAUCCCCACUACCACUUUCGAAAAAAAAAAAAAAAAAAAAAAAAAAGCAGCUUGCACUUAUUUCAGUUACUCACUAUUGAUAUUGACACACAACGACGUCCUAAGAUGUGGUAUCAUGAAGUUAGUGGAACAAAUACAAAAAGAAAAAAAAGGAAAAAAAAAACAGCCACAAAAGCUAAAUGUUGUGUUAUCUUGUGCUUACCUUGUAAAGGUGGUGCUUUGAGGUAAUAUUUGUUGACAGGGGCUGUGCAGCCCAUGCCUGGGACCUCCAAUACAGAAACAUCUUUUUAGGGAAGAAAAAAAAAAAUUGAUUGAAAGCAACACACAGCUAGAGACGUUCGCAUGGCCUAUUGCACAGAGAUAAGA